GUGGUUCAGACAACAAAGAUUUCAGUGACACUCUGAGAUUGGUUAACUGCUUACGUUUGGCAUCUGUGCAGGAUCUUCUUCAUGCAUCUGCUGCGCUAUUAACACCUGGCAUUUCAAACAACACCGAGGAAUAUGGCAUCAUGCCUUUUGCUCCAGUAGAAGAUGGAGACUUUGUGCCUUAUGGUGCACAGGAAUAUUUUUCGGCUUCCAAAUCCAAAAGCAAUCCAGAAAUAGACGAAGCUUUCAGUAAAGUUGAUUGGAUGGCAGGUGCAUUAGCAGAUGAAGGUAAUGACAUGCUUUAUUUGGCAGCCAUGACGCAUGAGAAAGAUGGGUACAACAUAACAUCUGGAAUACCGGAAGAUAUCAUAAACACAAAACUGGUACUUCCGUUUCUGAAAGCCUUAUUUCCAAACAACUUAGAAAGAGUAAAAAAGUAUAUUCAUGACAUGUACACCCACAAAGUUGACCCCAUUGAAAAUGCCAUUGCUGCACGGGAUUUUUUCUCCGAUUUCCUGAUGCUUCAACAAGUCAUGAAAUCAUGCCUGGCUCAUUUGAGAUCGAAAUUAAGUAGUACCCGAAAAUCUGCUACUUACUCCUAUAUCAUCAGUCAUGUUCUGAGUGGCAAAAGCUUUACUGACUACUAUGUUGGCAUUACUCUUCCAACCUGGGCCAAGUGUGCCACACAUGGGGAUGACUUACCACUAGUUUUUGGGCCAAAUAUUGUUAAAGAAGGUGUUGAAUUUGACUGGAAUGAAGAGGAUCAAAAUGCUGCCAAUACUGUGAUGACACUCUGGACCAACUUUGCAAAAACAGGAAAUCCAAACAAAGGAAGUCCACUAGAGGGUGUGGCAAGCUGGGAGGAGUUCACCAAGGACAAGAAGGGCUACAUAGACAUCGGCAAACAAACUAAGAUGGAGUAUGAUCUACAUCCAGAGAGGAUGAAGUUGUGGAUGCAUACAAUUCCAGAGGAAAUUGAAGCAGAACAAAGAAAGAAACAAAAGACUGAAUUGUAACUAAAAUUUGACAACCGAAUAUAAUGCAUAAUGUUAUAACUGUUAAAAAAAUUAAACUAUAAUACUUAUUGCCUUAAAAAAAAAAACAAUAAUCAUAAAUCUAGAACAAUAAAUACAAAUUAUGGUCAAACAUAUAUAUCAGGUUGAAAGAGGAAUUUUUAGCCUCACACAUUAAUUUUGAACAUGGAAGUAUACAACUUAUAUGUUAAGAUGAGGACCAAAAAAGCCUGCUUGAUUUUGAGAGACCAUGAUUUUACUACCACAUAUAAUGAUAUGUAAAAAAAAAGGUCACCCAAGGGAGAAGGACAAACCGGCCAUCCAAAUGAUAACUGAGUCAUUCUCAGGGGAAAGCCUUGUUGACGCAGCAUCAAAACUAUCCAGCUGCUUUAAAAUUGACCAUUCAGAGGUUGAAGCAUACUGAAUCGCUCAUAGCCUUCUUGUUGCCACACAACUCCAUAUAUGUAGUACAUCGGUGAAAUUUGUAAAAACUGAAAAUCCUUAAAACAUAGCUUGCAGACCUUAUGGAAAAAAAUGAUCAAAAUGAAGAUUGAAAGUCCUGAAAUCAGGCAUAAUCCUUAAAACUUUCACCAAUGUAUAACUGUAUAAAAGUGGAACAAAAU